CACGCUAUAUCGAAGAGCAUCAUUCACUGGCCACAGCUACAGUGCGAUAUCAGAGCUCAGGAGAUGUCGGCCAGCGCGAGGCGGGAGUGACCCGUGACGCUGACGGCUCUUCGUGGAGUGGCUCCAGGCGCUGGGUCUAGAGGUGAGCCGCGCAGCAGACUCGAGGGCGACCGUGGCCGAGCAGACUGCCGAGACGAGCGCUUCUCCUCUGAAUCACACCCAUCGUCAACAAGAUCAGACCCGGCAGCGCGUUGUGAACGGUGAGCCCGAUAUCACCCGACUGAAUCAUCAUUCUAGCUCUGCAGGUUCGCGUUGGUCUUCUCUGCAGAUCAACAGCAGAGACGUCGAGUGGCGACGCGGAGGAGAACAUUCUGAGGGUUUCUGCCAGGCCUGCACCACCUUGGCAUCAAAAAGAUAUUCAGACCUUGCUGAUCUGUCGUGCACAAAUAGUAGAUUCACUCAUCCAUGUGUCUGAUCACCCUGCAAGAGCUCUACAAGUAGCUGCUGGCAUGUGUCUACGGGUAUAGACACGUUCUCGCUGUCACAAGCGACGUCUCGAAGUAGUGGCAGCUGUUCUCGGAGCACACGGAUGCCUCGGAGAACACCAGUAGUCAGGAGGAGUCGGUCGGGAGGGGAGGAUGGACUGGGAGGGAGAUGGACCGGCCUUCUACAGAGCCAUCUCCCUUCCCUCGAGCCAACGAAGAUGAGUCAGUGUGAGAAGGGAGACGUGAUCCAGGUCUGAGCAGAUGGUGGAUGGGGACCUGUGGGCAGGGAGUCCUGGACGCGCUGCGGGUGGUUCCCCUGGUCACCUACGCUCAAGAAACGUCACCGACUACGGUGGGUCAGCAGUCAUCCGUUGGAGGCAGAUGGCCACGACGUCUACCAUAACCUGGUAGUGAAGGAUAUCUUGGACACAGAGCAGGCCUAUCUCCACGAUCUCCACUCCUUGCUCUCGGUGUACCUAGAUCCUCUCAAGUCAACCAGCAUAUUGAGAGGGACCGAGCAAGAGCUACUAAGUGGCAACCUGGCUGAGCUAAUAAAAUGGCAGCAAGCAUUUCUCGCAUCCCUCGAGAACGCCUCCAAACUGCCCAUCCCACAACAGAACUUCGGAGCCAUAUUCUGCAAGGCGGCCAAAGAGGUGGAGGUGCUAUAUUCGAUUUAUUGUGCUAACCAUCCAAAGGCAGUUGCUGUACUGACUGACAACUCGGACAAGUUGUCUUCCUUCAUGGAGUCGCGUGGAGCUGCCAGCCCCGGAAUACUGGCGCUCACCUCCAACCUCAGCAAGCCAUUCCGGAGACUGGAGAAGUAUCCCGCACUUCUUAAAGAGCUUCACCGACAACUGACAGAAGGCCAUGCAGACAUAGAGAAUGUCUCGAAUGCUAUCACCACUUACUCUGGAAUAUCAACGAGGACGCAGGAGCUCCGUAAGAGGAAGGAAUUGGAACACGAGAUGCUGACCAAUCAAGUCCAGGGAUACAGCGGAGCGAGUCUGAGUGAGCUGGGAGAGUGUAGGUGUGUUCUACAUGCCAACGUGGCCGUCACUGCAGAGGAGACCAUCCACAUAUCUCUCACCUCCCUCAGAGACCUCAACACUCUCAUCGACUGCAUCGGUCGCCAGGAAGGAGUCCCCACCAAGGCUUCAGUCCAGAGGUCGGCCUCGUCUGUGAGUCAGCGAGGGCUGGGCAGCUCGUCUUUCAUGAGGGCCUACAACACGCGAUCCCAGCGCCAGCCGAGUGUCUCCAUCCAGAGAGACCACAACUGGGGGUUCCGUUCGCUUCGUCCGAUGGCACCUCUCAAUGCUCCUCAUCUCAUCGCUCUCAAAGACGUGAGCCCUCACAACAUAUGGGGGCAUUUUGGCAAGCAAGCAUGAGCAACUCUUUAGAGCAUUCAACAGCAUAUGCCUCAGUGUCAUAAUUAUACAAAUAUGGAUACGUAGACUUGCUAUAUAAGAUUUCUGUCUCUACUGCAGACAAACAAGAGUCCAAAGGCCGGGAAAAAGUUCAUCUAUCCAGCAGUUAAGAGGAGGCGUUCCUCUAAGGCAAUAGAGGACCUGCAGGUACCCGGAGUGCUGGUCAGACCUAACCCAGCAGAGACCAGGAUCGGGGAUACUGCAAUUCUCAGUGUCAUAGAGGCUUACUGCAACACUGCACGAUUUAAGGCUUUCAUACCUGGUGAACGUCCCAAGAUGCCGCUGCCAUGCCAGGCAGGAGUGCAGCCGGUUGGAGUUACCAACUCGCCAACCCUCCUCACUUCUCCAACUCAUCACCGUCUUGGGGAAAGAACGAGCACCCUCCCCCAAUCGUCUCGCCACAGUAGCCAGGCAUCUCCGACCACACCUCCAGGUGGCGGCAGGUUCUCCGGGUUCUCCGGGAAGAAACAAGUUCCGGCCCCUCUGCGCUCGAGGGCCAGUUAUACUCAUGAGUCAGCAGUCUCUACGACUCCUCAGGUCCAUUUCCAGUUGGACACCCAGCGAAAGAGCACAAUACUUGUUGACCUGCAAGUGAAAAAGCUGGCUUCUGAGAUUGAAGAGUUGAAGCAGUGUCUUAUGCAAGAGGUGAAGGCUAGAGUUGAUCUUGAGACGAAGGUUUCCGUUUUCUCUCUAGUCGCAAUUGCGCUCACAAGAUACGUUUCCCAAGAUGCUAGUUCAGGAGACGCAGGUCGAGAUCAGGAGUCCAUGGUAUCACAGAUCAUAUCAGAAGUCCAGGGACUCUUCAAGCAGGAGAUGAAAGAAUUGGAACACAGAAUCCGUCUCCUUGAAGAGGAUUCUAUUUUCAAGGGGAAGAGAGAAGCCUUCAUCCCACUGAAAUCAAGUCAAUCAUACCCUCCUGUGUUUCUUCUGCCCGAGGGAGAGAGAAAGAGAAUUCUGGUUACUGGUGGUGCCGGCUUUGUAGGGUCUCAUCUGGUGGACCGACUCAUGAGAGAUGGUCACGAAGUACGUAUGUAUAAGUGAUGGAUCAUCUCUUCUUAAAGGGAAAGUAUAAUAUAGCAAAGCAUAAGGGCUGAAUUUAGAGAUAGAACUAAACAAUAGUGGCCCAGUGCAAGAAUGUUUCCAUUUUUAGUAAGUUUGGUCCUUUUAUUCCGCCAUGUUCUCUUUAAUGAUACUUAAACAUUUUGGCAGGUUAUAGUUGUUGAUAACUUCUUCACUGGCAGAAAGAAGAACAUAGAACACUGGAUUGGCCACGAUAAUUUUGAACUAGUAAACCACGACAUCGUCAACCCUCUCAUGAUAGAAGUUGAUGAAAUAUACCACUUGGCGUCGCCUGCUUCUCCAGUCAAGUACAUGUACAAUCCCAUCAAGACUAUCAAGACAAACGCUCUCGGAACGCUGAACAUGCUGGGUCUGGCAAAGAGAGUAAAAGGAAAGAUUUUACUUAGCUCAACAUCUGAAGUUCACCCUCAAGUGGAGGAAUAUUGGGGACACGUUAACCCCAUUGGUCCCAGAGCCUGCUACGACGAGGGGAAAAGAGUAGCAGAGACGAUGGCCUAUGCCUACGCUAAACAAGAAGACGUGGACGUGAGGGUCGCCAGGAUAUUCAACACCUACGGCCCCAAGAUGCACAUGUAUGACGGUAAUGAACGGUUUGAUUGGUACGAGAUAGUCGCAUGCACCACUGUACUUUUGAUUUUCCAGGUGUUUGCUCCAGGGAACCAGUCGCGUUCGUUCAUGUACAUCAGUGACCUGAUUGAAGGGAUGAUUUUACUGAUGAACAGCAACUACUCCGACCCGGUUAAUCUGGGAAAUCCCGACGAAUACACGAUUCUCGACUUUGCGGAGAAAAUCUUAGCCAGCAUAGAGGGUACGACAUCCACCAUAGAGCUGUUGCCUCCAACUCAGGAUGAUCCUAAGAGACGAAGACCGUCCAUUGAGAGAGCCAAGGCAGUGCUUGGCUGGGAACCAAAGGUGACCUUGAAAGCUGGGAUCCAAAAGACAGUGGAUUACUUUCGUGCCGAACUGCAACAGCAGAAAACUGCAGAAGAAAGCUCAUAACACUUUCAUCACUAUAAUUCUCUUUUUUUCCUGUUCUUAUAUAAUACUCAUGGGGUGAUUUAUCAUGAUCGGAAUGGUGCUUCAUUUGUAAUCAACACGUUCACUAGCUUUGUUCAGAGCUGUGCCUCAGAUUUUCAUGUGUUCCACACAUAUCACAAUUCACUGGCCUUUCAGCACACUAAGAUAGCACCAUCUUAUGAGUUAUAGACAGCAGGCAAUAAUGUCAGGUGAGUUAAUUAGCACAAUUCUCAGGAUUGCAGUGGGGCUUCAUAUUAUAAUUCAUGUUGUAGAAAAACAAACCUAUAGUGAUUGUGGGCCAGUAGAGUGUGUGCAUAUUAGUAUAAUCUUUUGAUAAACUGUCAGUUUUCUCUGGAGAUGAGGACGAGGUCGCUGGAUUUGACUGGUAGACUGCACAUUGGACACAUGCCGUCCCCUUUCUCACUCUCCAGCAAACUCUGAAACUCAGUGAGAAGAGCAGGGAACUUGCAAUGAGGACAUUCAGUCCAGUUGUCCUUUGCCAUGUGUUGCCCCUACAGUGACGAUGCAGUAGUGCAGGGUGUUCUUGCACUGAGGGCAGUCCAGGGAGGUGAGAGGGAGAGGAUGGGAACAGUGGAGACAUCCCCUCACCUCCUCCUCCAACUCUGUCUUGUCUGGUUUCCUGCACAGUGGACAUCCACUCCUUAGGAUCCCCUGGUUAACUCGUCCUUUAUUCAGCACUAUUUAUUAUUCAUGGGUG